GCGCCGGGGGUGGGAGCUGCGCGGGCUGCGCCGCGCGGGUGCGCGGCUCGGCGGAGCAUUACGGCGGCCGAGCGCUGGCCGGGCCGGCAGCGCGGAGCCCCAGCGCGGCCAUGGCCGAGCGCCGCGCCUUCGCGCAGAAGAUCAGCAGAACUGUGGCUGCAGAGGUCAGGAAGCAGAUCUCGGGACAGUAUGGAGGCUCUCCACAGCUCCUCAAAAACCUCAACAUCGGAGGCAGCGUCUCUCAUCACACCACUGUGCCGCUCACAGAAGCUGUGGACCCCGUGGACCUGGAGGACUAUCUCAUCACCCACCCGCUCGCCGUGGAGUCGGGACCCCUGAGGGACCUGCUGGAGUUUCCCCCAGAUGACAUCGAGGUGGUUUAUACCCCCCGGGAAUGCCGGACACUGGUGUCGGCCGUGCCUGAGGAGAGCGAGAUGGACCCUCACGUGAGGGACUGUGUCAGAAGUUACACAGAAGACUGGGCGAUUGUGAACAGAAAAUACCACAAGCUGGGAACUGGAUUCAAUCCCAACACCUUAGACAAACAGAAGGAGAGGCAAAAGGGGCUCCCCAAACAGAUCUUUGAGUCUGAUGAAGCUCCGGAUGGCAACAGUUACCAGGAUGAACAAGAUGACCUUAAGCGACGCUCAAUGUCGAUUGACGACACUCCCCGGGGCAGCUGGGCCUGCAGUAUUUUUGAUCUGAAGAACUCCCUUCCAGAUGCCCUUCUCCCAAACUUACUGGACCGAACCCCAAAUGAGGAGAUUGACCACCACAACGAGGACCAGAGGAAGUCCAGUAGGCACAAGGAGCUUUUUGCACUACACCCAGCACCAGACGAGGAGGAGCCUAUAGAACGCCUUAGUGUCCCUGAAGUACCCAAAGAGCACUUUGGCCAAAGACUCUUGGUAAAGUGUUUGUCCCUUAAAUUUGAAAUAGAAAUUGAGCCCAUUUUUGCAAGCUUGGCUUUGUAUGACGUUAAAGAAAAGAAAAAGAUUUCAGAGAAUUUCUACUUCGAUUUAAAUUCUGAACAAAUGAAGGGAAUGCUUCGGCCUCAUGUCCCCCCUGCUGCUAUAUCCACACUGGCCAGAUCUGCCAUAUUUUCUAUCACUUACCCCUCUCAAGAUGUCUUUCUAGUAAUAAAGCUGGAAAAGGUAUUACAGCAGGGAGAUAUUGGGGAGUGUGCAGAGCCUUAUAUGAUUUUUAAAGAAUCUGAUGCAGCAAAGAAUAAGGAAAAGUUGGAAAAACUGAAAGGCCAGGCAGAGCAGUUUUGCCAGAGACUCGGCAAGUAUCGGAUGCCUUUUGCCUGGACAGCCAUUCAUCUGAUGAACAUCGUGAGCAGCGCUGGGAGCUUGGAAAGAGAUUCCACGGAAGUCGAAGUUGGCACAGGAGAACGUAAAGGAUCGUGGUCGGAGAGGAGGAAUUCCAGUAUUGUUGGGAGGCGUUCCUUGGAGAGAACCACGAGUGGGGAUGAGGCUUGCAACCUGACCAGUUUUAGACCAGCUACUCUGACAGUUACAAACUUCUUCAAACAGGAGGGCGAUCGCCUGAGUGAUGAGGAUCUGUACAAGUUCCUGGCUGACAUGAGACGCCCGUCAUCGGUGCUGCGGAGAUUGAGACCCAUCACAGCUCAAUUAAAGAUAGACAUAUCUCCAGCUCCAGAGAACCCCCACUACUGUCUCACUCCAGAGCUGCUACAAGUCAAGCUUUACCCAGACAGCAGAGUCAGACCUACAAGAGAAAUCCUGGAGUUUCCUGCCAGGGAUGUCUACGUUCCAAAUACCACAUACAGGAAUCUACUUUAUGUCUAUCCACAGAGCCUUAACUUUGCCAACCGCCAAGGAUCUGCCAGGAAUAUCACUGUAAAAGUCCAGUUCAUGUACGGAGAGGACCCAAGCAAUGCCAUGCCGGUCAUCUUUGGCAAAUCCAGCUGUCCUGAAUUUUCCAAAGAAGCAUACACAGCAGUAGUGUAUCACAACAGAUCACCUGAUUUUCAUGAGGAAAUAAAGAUCAAGCUUCCAGCUACUCUGACCGAUCACCACCACCUGCUUUUUACUUUCUACCAUGUCAGUUGUCAACAAAAACAAAACACACCCCUGGAGACUCCAGUCGGAUACACUUGGAUACCGAUGCUUCAAAAUGGGCGGUUAAAGACGGGUCAGUUCUGCCUCCCUGUUUCACUGGAAAAACCACCACAGGCUUAUUCAGUCCUUUCUCCAGAGGUUCCACUCCCUGGGAUGAAGUGGGUGGAUAACCACAAAGGGGUUUUCAAUGUAGAAGUUGUUGCUGUGUCAUCCCUUCACACUCAGGACCCUUAUCUUGACAAGUUCUUUGCACUUGUCCAUGCUCUGGAUGAGCACAUGUUCCCUGUGCGAAUAGGAGACAUGAGAAUUAUGGAAAACAACUUGGAAAAUGAACUGAAGAGCAGCAUUUCAGCUUUAAAUUCCUCUCAACUGGAGCCGGUAGUGCGAUUUCUUCAUCUCCUGCUUGACAAACUGAUCCUUCUGGUAGUAAGACCUCCUGUCAUUGCAGGCCAAAUAGUUAACCUGGGCCAAGCAUCUUUUGAAGCGAUGGCAUCGAUCAUAAACAGACUUCACAAGAACUUGGAUGGAAACCAGGACCAGCAUGGCAGGAACAGCCUUCUUGCUUCCUAUAUUUAUUAUGUUUUUCGCCUACCCAAUACCUAUCCCAACUCACCAUCACCAGGUCCUGGUGGCCUGGGGGGAUCAGUGCAUUAUGCUACCAUGGCUCGAUCCGCUGUGAGACCGGCGAGCCUGAACCUGAACCGGUCCCGGAGCCUCAGCAACAGCAACCCCGACAUCUCGGGGACCCCGACAUCGCCGGACGACGAGGUUCGCUCCAUCAUCGGCACCAAGGGUUUAGACCGCUCCAAUUCCUGGGUAAACACUGGUGGUCCAAAAGCAGCCCCAUGGGGAUCCAACCCCAGCCCAUGUGCAGAGUCAACACAGGCUACGGAUCGAAGUUGUAAUCGUAUGUCUUCGCACACUGAGACGUCAAGUUUCUUACAAACAUUAACAGGACGAUUACCAACUAAAAAGCUUUUCCACGAGGAAUUGGCCCUACAGUGGGUUGUGUGCAGCGGGAGCGUGCGGGAGGCAGCCCUGCAGCAGGCCUGGUUCUUCUUCGAGCUAAUGGUGAAGAGCAUGGUGCAUCAUUUGUAUUUUGCUGACAAACUGGAUGCGCCAAGGAAGAAUCGUUUCCCCGAGCGUUUCAUGGAUGAUGUAACUGCCUUGGUCAGCACAAUUUCUGGUGAUAUAGUCUCUCGCUUUCAGAAGGACACAGAAAUGGUCGAACGGCUCAACACCAGUCUUGCGUUUUUCCUCAAUGACCUGCUGUCUAUCAUGGACAGAGGAUUUGUUUUUUCUCUUAUCAAGACCUGCUGCAAACAGGUGUCUUCAAAGCUGUAUUCCCUAACAAAUCCCAGUAACCUGGCAUCUUUGAAGCUGGACUUCCUUCGCAUCAUUUGCAGCCAUGAGCAUUAUGUCACCUUGAAUUUACCCUGCAGCUUGCUCACACCACCUGCAUCCCCAUCACCAUCUGUGUCUUCAGCGACUUCUCAGAGUUCUGGGUUCUCCACAAACGUCCAAGACCAGAAGAUUGCAAAUAUGUUUGAACUGUCUGUGCCUUUCCGCCAGCAGCAUUACUUGGCCGGGCUCGUGCUGACAGAACUGGCUGUCAUUUUAGAUCCUGAAGCAGAAGGUUUAUUUGGAUUGCAUAAGAAGGUCAUCAAUAUGGUACACAAUUUGCUGUCCAGUCACGACUCGGAUCCCCGGUACGCUGACCCGCAGGUAAAGGCCCGGGUGGCAAUGCUGUAUCUACCUCUGAUUGGAGUGAUCAUGGAAACAGUGCCUCAGCUCUAUGACUUUACAGAGAGUCACAACCAGCGGGGGAGGCCAAGCUGUGUCGCCGUGGACGAGUACGAAAGCGAGGGUGGCAGCAUGAUCAGCCAGACAGUGGCCAUGGCCAUCGCAGGGACAUCCGUCCCCCAGCUCACCCGGCCCAGCAGUUUCCUACUCCCCUCAUCGAGUGGCAGGCAGCACUCCACCUUCUCGACGGAGUCCAGCCGCAGCCUCCUGAUCUGCCUCCUGUGGGUGCUCAAGAACGCGGAUGAAAGUGUCCUGCAGAAAUGGUUCACAGACCUGUCAGUGCUGCAGCUGAACCGCCUGCUGGAUCUGCUCUAUCUCUGCGUGUCCUGCUUUGAAUACAAGGGCAAGAAAGUAUUUGAAAGAAUGAAUAGUCUGACGUUUAAGAAGUCGAAAGACAUGAGAGCCAAACUUGAAGAAGCUAUUUUGGGAAGCAUAGGGGCAAGGCAGGAGAUGGUCCGAAGAAGCAGAGGACAGCUAGAGAGAAGUCCUUCUGGGAGCGCGUUUGGAAGUCAAGAGAAUUUGAGAUGGAGAAAGGAUAUGACUCACUGGCGGCAGAACACAGAAAAGCUUGACAAAAGCCACAAACCAGCCAGAUCAAGGGCAGAGAUAGAACACGAGGCACUUAUUGAUGGAAAUCUUGCAACGGAAGCCAAUCUGAUAAUUUUGGAUACACUAGAGAUAGUUGUACAGACUGUUUCUGUGACGGAGUCCAAAGAGAGUAUCCUUGGUGGGGUGCUGAAAGUGCUCCUGCACAGCAUGGCCUGCAACCAAAGUGCACUUUACCUCCAACACUGCUUUGCCACACAGAGAGCUUUGGUCUCAAAGUUCCCUGAGCUGCUGUUUGAAGAGGAGACAGAGCAGUGUGCAGACCUGUGCCUGAGGCUCCUGAGGCACUGCAGCAGCAGCAUCAGCACCAUCCGGUCCCACGCAAGUGCCUCCCUGUACCUCCUGAUGAGGCAGAACUUCGAGAUUGGGAACAAUUUUGCCAGAGUGAAAAUGCAGGUGACCAUGUCUCUCUCAUCCCUGGUGGGGACAUCCCAGAACUUCAAUGAAGAAUUUUUGCGACGUUCCCUGAAGACUAUUUUGACAUAUGCUGAAGAAGAUCUGGAACUUAGGGAGACAACAUUUCCUGACCAGGUCCAGGAUCUAGUGUUCAACCUCCAUAUGAUCCUCUCGGACACAGUUAAAAUGAAGGAGCACCAGGAAGAUCCAGAAAUGCUGAUUGACCUGAUGUACAGGAUUGCAAAGGGCUACCAGAACUCCCCCGACCUGCGCCUGACCUGGCUGCAGAACAUGGCUGGGAAACAUUCCGAGAGGAGCAACCACGCCGAGUCCGCCCAGUGCCUGGUCCACUCCGCAGCCCUGGUGGCUGAGUAUCUCAGCAUGCUGGAAGACAGAAAAUACCUCCCUGUAGGCUGUGUUACAUUUCAGAACAUAUCUUCCAAUGUUUUGGAAGAGUCGGCAGUUUCCGAUGAUGUUGUAUCACCAGAUGAAGAAGGAAUCUGUUCUGGGAAGUAUUUUACAGAAGCUGGUCUGGUGGGAUUGCUGGAACAGGCUGCAGCAUCUUUCUCCAUGGCUGGCAUGUAUGAAGCAGUUAAUGAGGUUUACAAAGUCCUUAUUCCUAUUCAUGAAGCCAACAGAGAUGCCAAGAAGUUAUCUACUAUUCAUGGUAAACUGCAGGAAGCUUUCAGCAAGAUUGUUCACCAGAGUACUGGCUGGGAGUUCCUACUUGUGGAAUUUUUUUCCCCUUUCUCUUCCCUCCCCCCCUUUUUGUUUUUUGUUUUACACUGUGGAAACCCCAAUUUCAUUUUACCAAAGAGCUAUGCCAACAGCAGGACCCCCUCCUGUCACAAGGACAGUAGUGUUGCCAACUGCAGGAAUUAAAAUAUCCCAAGUCUGUCACCAAAGCAUUUCUGAGCUCUCCUUAAACACAGCAAGUGGUGGGGUUUGUGUGUUUGUUCAUUGAGUAAAUGUUGAAUUAAUUCUUUUCAUUAUUUAUACUUAUAAUUUUCAAUUAAUACUUUCCAGUUAGAAAAGUUAGGAAAAGUCUUUUCAUGAGAAUUUAGAAGUGCUUUUAAAGGCAUGCAGGGGGAGGUUACCAUUGAAUAACAGGAGCUAAUAAUUUCAAAAAAGCCAAUAUUGGAAGACUCGUAGUAGUUGGCAACACUGCAGAGGACCUUGACUUAAAAUUGAGGAAGGAAAUAACUGCUGAGUUUGGUAAAGAUGAUUGGAUUCUGCAUUUUGAAGGAGUUACUUUUAUUCCUACACCCUUCAGGCAGCUGCUGCAGUCUUGGUCUCAGUGAAGAAAGCAGAUGAUCAUUGUUGCAUCUGAUGUUUUUUUAAAUCUUGUUGGCAAAGCUUUUUGUGUUUGUGCAAGAGAUAACCCUAAAACUUUAUUCCCAGCAAUUUGGAAAGGUAUUUACCAUGCAUAAUAACAAAUCAUGAACCUUCAUAAGUCAUGGUGGCUGUUAUCUGCUCUGCCAGUUGUGUGAUGGCUAUUCAGUGUUCACCUUCAUUCUCCUCUCCUCCCAAAGUCCUAUUAUUUUUGAUAAAAUAAUAGGAGAUACAAUGCUUUUAAUAAUUCCUCCCUCAUAUCUGCAUUUUUAGCUCUUGUCAGAAGCAAAGCCAGGGAGUAUUGUUAUUUGUUUAGUUUUCACUGCUGUGGCUGGAAAGACUUUGGUAUUGGAUAAGUAUCAAAGAUCCCAGUGCAGAGCCAUCCCCUAUUCCCAGUGCCAGGAUGGAACUGAGCUCUCCUGAUCUCAGGGAACUGGCAGCUUCUGAGUGUCCAUGGGAGGUAUGGAGUGGUCUGUAUGUGUUUGCUCCCCAAAGGAAUUUGUUUGCAGGCACAGAUUCCUGUGACAUGAGUCACAUCAGGGGGUAACAGUGCUCUUCACUGCUGGUUCUUCUCCCUGGGAUCCUCAUAACUGAGUUGAGCACCUGGAUUUACCAGGAAAAGCCAGUGCAGCUGCCUGGAACAAGGAGAUGCCUGGGCAGGUGUCCGCGUGGCAGAUACUUGUAGGGACCAGGUUCUGCAGAUGCUUCAUUCCAUGAUAAGCACUUUCCAAGUAGGAAAAAGCUCAUGAAUUAGAAGAGCAGUGUGUCCUCCAUCACCCUAUGCCCAUGGUUUGGGGCAGGAUCCCCCCCAACUUCCAUGAGGAGCACAUCCAAGCCUUGUGUAAGGUUUGGGGAGCUGUUUCAUAUGGCAGUUCCCCUCAGGCAGACAUGGAAUCAUGGCAUGGUUUGGGAUGGAAAGAACCUUUAAAACCAUUUAGUUUCAACCUCCUGCCAUGAGCAGGGACACCUUCCAGCAGGUGCUACCUUGGGAAUUACUUUGACAAAGGAGCCCUGGAAUCACAGCCCUCUGCCUGCAACAUUGAGAUGGAAGAAAAUAGAUAGUCCAGGAAGCUGGAAAUGCUGGGCGUUGAGGAAUUUAAGUGUGGAUAAAAUUAUCCAAAACUGUGGCUUUGAAAAGACACUGAUGAGUAAAAAGGGUUCAGUAGGCUGCUCGUGGGUCCAGAGGGAUGGACGCUGGACAAAGGCGGGGAGUCCAGGGAAAUAGCAACUAGAUGUUGCCAGCUGCCACUUCCAAUAAAACAGCAACAGCUUUGCAGCAGGAGUUCACACCCUGGGAGGUGCUCCUGGGAUCCUGGGGUGUGUAUGAAACCCUGCAGUCUGCAUUGGCAGGUGGGGCUGGAUAAGAGCCCCUCUCUGCAGGAGAGAUGGGCUAGAGCAGGGGUCCAGGGAGCCUGGGCAGAGCCAGGUGGUGUUUUUUUGGGAUGAGGGCUGCUGUUUAUCCCAAGUGGCUUCAGGAGGGCAGAGCUCACUAAUGCCCAGCUCUGAAGUGGAAGUUUUUGGACCUCAGGCACCUACAGCAUGGUGUUCCAGAGUCUGCUCCAGAGUUUCCUCCAGCCCAGGAGAAGUCAGUGGCUUGCCAUGACAGUGCUUUUUCCAGUCUGGAGUUUACCUGAGGCUUUUUUUAUUUUAGUUUGGCUUAUCUAUCCUCUCUGCCUUCCAUAGAUCAUAUUCACCAUCACCACAAGAGAUCAGUUCUGCCAUAGCAAAAUACUCAAAUCAAACAGUACCCAGCAGCCAGGACACCUGUAAGGGCUGUUUAAAGCCCAAAUCUCUCCCAGAUCAGGAACACUGAGCAUUCUAAACUGCAUCACACUUUCUCACGAGAGUAAAGGUGAACAUUUUAGAGUUUCUUGCUGAAAGGCAUUCCUGGUUUGUGCAUGCACUCAGUUUUUUUAACAAAAGCAAAGGUGUAUUUAAUUUUAAAGCAUUUUUCUUUUCUCUCUCUCUCUCCUAAUCAGAUUUUCUUUCCAGCAAAAAUCUUUCUUGUUUCUCUACUUCUGUUGCGUUUCAGGGCCAAAUUCA